GCCCAGGCCCGGGUCAGCCCCGGGGCGCGGGUCAGCCCGGGCCGGCCCCGCCGGUUCUCCGGGCCCCGGGGCCACGCAUGUCCCGGACGGGUAGCCCCGGCUAGGAGGCAGCGCUGGAGCCACCGGCACUAAUGAGGCUGCUCGGCGGCGCCGGCCCCCGCCAGAGGGGCUCCCGACUGCGGCUGGUCCUGGGGAGCGGCGGGAGCUGCUCCAGGCUCUCCGUGGGGCUCGGCCUGGAGCAGCCGGUGCCGAGGAGAGAGCGGAGGGGCAGGCGGCGGCAUGGCCCCGGCUCCGGGGUGGCGGUUGCGGGCCAGGGGCUUCCGCAGGAACUGGUCCCCCCACGCCGCCUCGGCGCUGGGCUGGGAGCGGUACCGGCCCCGGCAGGAGGCGGAGACCCGCGGCGUGGACCUGAUCGCUGUCACCGCGGGAAAGCGGCCCCGCAGGACGAGGCAUGACGGGGGGCUGGUCCCCAGGCAGAGUCUGGGCUACAAAGGGUUACGCAAGGCACCCUGGAGUGACACCACUGCCACCAGCCCAGGAGCUCAGCUCCUUCCUGGUCGGAUCCCAGGCUCGCCUGAUGUUGGAUUGAGGAAGGGGCCAGCAGCUGUAAAGAGGAGCCGGAGCCGGUCAGAGCCCCCCAGCUGUCCGGCUGCCACUGCUGCUCUCCCCAGCUUGUGCUGGUGGGUGCCCACCAUGGAGGAGAUGGUGAUCUGGGAGCAGCACACGGUGACACUGAGCAAGGACCCUCACCGGGGCUUUGGCUUUGCUGUCUCUGGAGGCCGUGACCAUCCCAACAGGAUAACCGGGGACACAGCGGUGUUUGUUUCAGAUGUGGUGUCUGGGGGACCAGCGAUGGGUCAGCUCCAGAGGAAGGAUCACAUCGUGAUGGUGAAUGGCCUUUCCAUGGAGAAUGUCCCAUCCUCCUUUGCUAUCCAGACACUUAAAACCUGUGGCAAGAUUGCCAACAUCACGCUGAAAAGACCGAAGAAGGUUCACAUCCCUGUGAGCAAGGGCAGCCCUGGGUCCCCCACUGUGCCCCGGCACUACGACUCAGACGAUGACUACAGGCUGCACCGCUCCCGGGAUGACCUGGACCACAGUCAGGGCUACGAUGGGGACUCAUCCAGUGAGAGGAGCUCUGGUCACCACCACGAUGACCGUCGCCAUCAUAAGCUGGUGCCACGAAGCCGGAGGCGAAGCCAGGACAGCAGCCACUGGGUGCAGAGUGGCUCGGAUCGGAGACGCCAUGGCCAACAUUGCUCUGCUAAUGCCUUUGGCCAGGACGGGGACACCAAUGGGCUGGCCCUGGUGUCGGGCUUCAAGCGGCUGCCACACCAGGAUGUGCCAAUGAAGCCCAUCACAUCGGUACUGGUGAAGCAGAAGCAGAGUGAAGAGUAUGGCCUGAAGCUGGGGAGUCAGCUCUUCAUCAAGCACAUAGUGGAGAGCGGGCUGGCGGCCAAGGGCAGCUCCUUGCAGGAGGGAGACCUCAUCCUGAAGAUCAAUGGGGUAGCCAGCCAGGACAUGUCCUUGGCUGAAACUCAGCAGCUCAUCGAGCGGACAGAGGGGAUCCUGACCCUGCUCAUCCUCCGGGACCACCGGCAGUUCCUGGUUAACAUCCCUGACGUCGACAGCCAGAGCGACAGCUCCCGGAUGGACGAUAUCUCAGACAUUGACUCUGAGCUGUCCCAUCCGCCAUCUCCAGAGACCUCCCCACGACCUCCAGCUGCUGCCAGGACAAAUUCACCACCGGAGAGGAGACAAUCAAACAGGGAGCCUGUGGCUGAGGUGACUGUAGCCGAUGCUCGGGGCCCGGACCUUCUGGAAGCCAUGGAGGGGGAUGGCCACAGCCCCCACACCAGCCCCACUGCCCCAGCUGCCCACAAGGAUGGGUACAGCACCAACUCCAGGGUCGUGCAGUUUGUGAAGGCCAAGAGUGUGGGGCUGCGGCUGACGGGUGGGAACGAUGUGGGCAUCUUCGUGUCGAGCGUGCAGGAGGGGAGCCUGGCUGACAGCCAGGGCGUCCAGGAAGGUGACCAGAUCCUGCAGGUGAAUGACACCAGUUUCCAGAACCUGACCCGUGAGGAGGCUGUGGAAUAUCUCAUGGCCCUGCCCCCAGGCGAGGAGGUCACGCUGUGGACCCAGAGCAAGCAGGACAUUUACAGGAAGAUGAUCUCAUCCAACGUGGGUGACUCAUUCUACAUCCGGACACACUUUGACUUUGAGAAGGAUACGCCAUCAGGGCUCAGCUUUGUCCGUGGGGACGUGUUCCACGUGCUGGACACCAUGUACCGGGGCAGGCUGGGGAGCUGGCUGGCUGUGCGCAUGGGCAGGGACCUUCAGGAGCAGGAAAAGGGCAUCAUCCCCAACCGGAGCAGGGCCGAACAGAUCGCCAGCCUGGAGUCAGUGCUGAAAGCCACGUCUGGCACCAACCCCUCUGGGGCAAGGGCUGAGUUUUGGAAGCUGCGGGGCUUGCGGGGAGCCAAGAAGAUGCUGCGGAAGAGCCGGGAGGACCUGUCUGCCCUCACAAAGCAGGGGCACUACCCACCAUAUGAGAGGGUGGUCCUGAAGGAAGCCAGCUUCAAGCGGCCAGUGGUGAUCCUGGGCCCCAUCGCAGACAUUGCUGUGCAGAAGCUGAGCAGGGAGUUGCCCGAGCUGUUUGAAAUUGCCCCGAGCGUGCCCCGCGAUGGGGCAUCGUCCAAGGUCAUCAAGCUGGACUCGGUGCGGCAGAUUGCAGAAAAGAACAAGCACGCCUUGCUGGACAUCACACCCUCGGCUGUGGAGCGCCUCAAUUACGUGCAGUACUACCCAGUGGUGGUGUUCUGCGAGCCCGAGAGCCGGCAGGGCAUCAAGGCCAUGCGGCAGUGGCUGGCACCCGACUCCAGGAAGAGCUCCCGGCGCCUCUAUGCCCAGGCCAACAAGAUGAAGAAAUAUUGCAGCCACCUCUUCACGGCCACCAUCAGCCUCAGUGGCAGCGGCAAUGCCUGGUACGAGCAGAUCCAGGACAUCGUAAGGACACAGCAAAGCCAGCCUGUCUGGACAACAGCAGAGCAGGCAGAUGUAGCACCUGAGGACAGUCUGGACCUGCUGAACCCACCAAGCACGGUGGCGUCAGGCUACCUGACGUGUGACAGCCAUGCGAACAGUGACUACGACGACACAGAUGGGGAGGCGGGCGCCUACACUGACGGUGAGGCAGAGGAUGCCUAUGACCAGCCCGGGCUGGCCCGUUCCUCUGAGCCAGCCCAGCUGGCCCCGAGCCAUGGCCUGGACUCCUCCGAGCAAGCACAGCUGGCCCCAAGCCACAGCCGAAGGGAACAGGUGCCCGAACAGCCACGGCAGGGCCGGCGCUAUGACAGCAUCAGGGAAUACGAGCACGAGGCGGUGAGGAGGAGGUUCACACGAGCCAGGGACGACUCAGACCAGGAUGAAGGCUACGAGUGGGGCCCAGCCACAGAUGUGUAGUGGCACUGCUGGCCUGUCCCUCUGGGUGCAGGUGACAGCUCAGGUAGUGCCCCUGUGGCCAGGCUGGGCUGGGCCCAAUCCUGCUAUACACUGCAUCACCAAGUGCCUGCACUACCGUGUGCCUCCUUCCCUUUUGGCCACAGCCACUGCUACUGGAAUAAAAGGGAUGUUUGGAUCAGGA